AUGCUGCGACUGGACGCAACGGUUGUCCGCCUGUCCCUCUCGGAAAUCAAAGAAUACGGGCGAAACCGUCAGUCCAAGGACCAGCGUAGAAGAGCCGAUACCGAUCAGUUGAAGACAACGAUAUCUCCCAAAACAGAAUGGCAGUCACUGUACGAGGCUGUAGACUCGCCGCUCACGUAUGCUACUGACAGACUGCCUCUUGUUUUGCCACACAAUCUCUCUACUGCCGCAGAAGGACUCGAGAUUUCUACCGGUGGCGGCAACGGCAGCGGCAGCGACCAGAACGACAAGAACAACAACCACAACAGGCCCGACAAACCAUCCAGCAUCGAUGUCAACGAGACCAUGGCACUGACCAUCGAGCAGUAUACUGUCCCUACAGGGAGUACAUUCAUCCCAAGGCCGCCGCUCCCUCCUCCGUUCGCCGCAACACCAAGAGUGUCCUCGCCACUCUACCAGCCUAGCACGCGCUUCCUAGCCCUUCGACACGAUUGCCAACUCUCACGUCUCCACAUGGACAUGGCACACAUCACACCGCCGCAGUGA